CCGGUACCUGGUACUGGCGUCUCGGCUGGUGCGGCCGGGCACCAUCUUCCGGGUGCUGGCCGUGCUGCUCGGCUCCAGCGGGCCGCUCCACCUGGACACGCUGCAGUAUCCGCUGGACGUGCGCGCCUCCGUCUCCCGCGACGGCGUCGAGAUUGCCUCCAGCAUGAAGACCAUGGGCCGCGGCGACAUCCAGAUCAUGAUGAUGAAGAUCCCCAGCACGUCAACGCAAGGCUCGUACCGGCUGCGGCUGGAGGGCGACCACGAGGGCUCCGUUGGCGGCUCCGUGUUCGUCAACGAGACGCGGCUCGAGUUCGCCCAGCGCUUCCUCACCGUGCUCAUCCAGACCAGCAGACCCAUCUACAACUUCGGACAGACAGUGCAGUUCCGGGUGGUCAUGCUCAGGACCGACCUCAAGCCGUUCGAUGACCCCAUCGACGUUUACGUGCUGGACAGCGAUGGCUACAUCAUGCGCAGGUGGCCUUCAGAAUCGUCCAACAACG